GGGUCGAAGGUGGGAACAUGGCCGUCAAACAUGGGGCAGGAUUUUUCACUUUUUUUAACUACUAGACUGUUUAUAAAUUGAACUCAGAGUAGAUUUAAGAAUGCAGGAACUAAGACUUAGGAGUCCAGCCGGCUCAGAGCCGUUAAUUUAUAAAUGGCCGCUUCAAAACCGGGAUGGUCGAGACGAUGCAAGUGAAAUAGUCGAUUUAAUCAGAUGGGUCUGUGAAGAUUUCCAAGAAUUGAAAUUAGCUGUCGAAAACAUAAUCUUGAUUAAUUUCGAUCCAUCUAGCUAUGAGAGUAUGUGCAAGCUAUGUGAACGGUAUAACAGAGCGAUCGAUGGCAUUUUACAGCUAUGGAAAGGAAGAGCACCCCCACCAUGCAUCAAUGUACCGCCUUCAAGAGAACUUCUACGCUUCAUCAUUCAAUGUGUCUAUUCUAGAGCAGUUAAAGAUCCUGAUAAACUUAACAGCUAUGAGCCUUUUUCACCUGAGGUAUAUGGAGAAACUUCAUUUGACUUAAUAGCACAGAUGAUCAAAGAAGUCCCCAUGGGAUCAGACCAAACAUUCAUUGAUUUGGGAAGUGGUGUUGGUCAGGUUAUUUUACAAGUCGCAGCCUCUGGCAAUGUUAAAGAGUGUUUUGGAAUAGAGAAGGCAGAGAUUCCAGCAUGCUAUGCACAGGAAAUGGAUAAAUUAUUCAGAAAACUGAUGAAAUGGUUUGGAAAGACUCACAAGCCCUAUACAUUAGUCAAGGGAGAUUUUCUGGAUCAAGAUGUCAAAGAGAAGAUCACUACAUCAGGGAUUAUCUUUGUCAAUAACUUUGCCUUUGGGCCAUCAGUGGACCACAAACUAAAGGAAAUGUUUGCACAUAUGAAAGAAGGUACCAAGAUCAUCUCUUCUAAGGCAUUUUGCCCUCUCAACUUCAGAACCACUACUAGAAAUCUAUCAGAUAUUGGAACUAUACUAAGAGUAUCAGAGCUGAAGCCUUUAGGGGGUGCUGUGUCUUGGACUGGUAAAUCAGUGUCCUAUUAUGUACAUGUCAUUGAUAGAACUCUGCUGGAGAAUUUCUUUUCUGAUUUAAAAAGAAGAAAGGAGGGACGUGAUAGCAGUGAUAUGAGCAGUAUUAGUGGGUCCAUGAGUAGUAUGCUCAAUCUAGGAGAACUUGAUGACGUUAUGUUUGGCGUGUCUACCCGUAACCAAUGGCAACAUCUAAUCACUCAGAUAGAAGCCACCACUGAUAACAACAAGAAAAACAGGUUAUCACAAAAGCCAAGUCACAACAAAUAUGACAAGAAUCCUCAAAUCAACAAAGAAAAUCAAAACGAACUUGAUACUGCUUUUGGGAAGUCCAAGGCAAGAAAACCAAAUGCAGCUCAAAAAGUACGUAAAAAAUACCAACAACAACAUCAGAGCAAGCAGAGAUUAAAGAAGGAAAGACCUAAGAAUGGUAGAGUCCACAAACAGUCUCGUAAAGAAAUCAUGACUAAAAUAAAGCAAAGAAAUAAGAAGAAAAAUGCCAACCUAGCAGCUGCGGCUCUGGACAAGGCUACAAGAAAAGCUUUGGAGAAACUCAAGCCCAAAGGUCCUGGUAGAGGGGGUAUAAGAGUAGCAUCUGCGACACCACCACCGCCACCUGUUACAUAUGGAUUGUACGGCAAUGAGAAUACCUACUUGCCUACUAUGCAGACACUUCCAGGGCUGGAUCAUCUUCUUGAGGUUUAUCGCUAUCAGUAUUUGCAGUUUUUCCAAUAUAUGCAAACAACACAAUACUCAGAAAGCUUAUACAAACAAAUAAAAAGAGAAAAGGAGCGAAAACAAGAACUAGUUUUCAAAAUUGAGCAAGUUGAGAAUCAGAUUAAUAGUCUACAAAAAGAUGCAUUAUCUUCACUUGACAAGCGCAUGGAAGAGAUUGGUCUAUCAGUCACCACUCCAAGAGAUCUUCUUAUCAAAGCUGGUGAGUUGCUCUCUCAGCAUAAAAGACUAAAAGAAAGAGUUAAAAGAUGCGAAAAAGAGGUCAGAAGUCUAGAGCGCCAUAACCACAGCAAUGGACAAAAAUCACUGUCAUCUCAUGCAGAGGAUAAUGCAGUCAGUCAGGACAAACAAGCUCAUGGAGGAGUUUUGAAUAACUUGCCUGUCGAAAAACCAGCUCUACAAAAAGAACUAAUGAACGGCAUCGUCGAAGCCUGGGCACAGAGAAAAGCCUUAAUGGACAAAAUCUCUAGUAUGGAGAAUCAAAUGAUUAAGAGUGAUGGCCCCCCUGGUGUUACUAGCCCCACACCCACUAGGAGUACCCACGAUACUACCCCUAGCCUUGACAGUCAGACCAUGAACACUCUAACAUCCAACAAGGAAUUUGUUGGCGAACCUUACUUUAAUGCGUCGUCUGCUUCACUGGAUCCUUUGAUAACACACACACAAGCAGUAGGAAGCAGCACGUCUUACCAACCAACCCCCAACUUGGUUGCUUCUUCUGUUUCUCCACAUCUAGAGCAUGGUAAAGCUUCAAGCCCUUCACUAAUUAGGUCAGCAGAUAAUUCACCAAAAUCUUACGGGACUUCUGGGAUUCAACUGCUGUGUGAUCUUCUUAAUGGAACUCUUCCUGAGUACCCUGCCAGACCUUGUACGCCAUCAUCAGCACACAACACAGCAACGACCAAUCAAAGCAAGUCCAGCCCAGUCUUUGGUUCUCGUGGUGUAGAAAGCCCGAACGAGCAAUUAAGGCAAACAAUAGAUAACAUUCAAGGAAACAGGAAGUCCCCAGGCAACGCAAACGGUAGUCUGACUGAUCGAAGGCUUAACGACAGUCCAAGUAAAAUCAAACCUUUACGUACGAGUUCUCCAUUUAGUAUUAGUAGUCUAGUCAAUACAGAUGAAGCUUCGUGUAGCCAGCUGGCUGGAAACACGCUGCAAAACGCUGCCGGUAUAACCUCUCAAGCCGGUGGUAACAACUGUUUAUCGUACAGAUAUAAUCAACAACCUUCACCCAACACAGCCACUCGACCAACAAAGACAAAGUCUCCGUCGAGUAAUUUUAGUAUUGCACAUUUGACAAAAGAUCUUAAGAGUCCAGUAGAGAUGAACCAAAAUCCUUCUAUAUCAUUCACUGCAGAACAACAUCAGAUGUACAGCAGUGAUAAUCGAGUGAAACCACCCCGUCACAUGCUGUCUACAGAAAACAUAAAGAUGGAUAGAACAACGAUGAUCAAUAAUCAUAAAGAUGAUAGAGUCGAGUUGUGUCAUGGGCCUUUACUCACAGAACCUACGAGCUCUGGCGCAUCUACUAAGGUCGUUGUUGCUGAUAGUCCAUCCGCUCCUGCCCCAAAAAGACGACCGGGUCGACCUCGAAAAUACCCACCUAAACCUAAAGUUACUAGAGACUCACCAAAACCUAAAGGAAGGACUGCUGAGGUGAGCUCUACCUUGUCUCCUUCAAAGAUGAUUUCAACUAGUGAUACUCCACAAACAACAAGUUUGUCAUCCCUUGAUAGUUCAGAUGUUGAAGUUAGUACUUUACUUGCUAAGGAAGUUGAACCACAGUCACCAUCGAUAUCCUCCUCGGAGCAUAAACCUACAGAAGGGUUAGUUGGUGCUAGCACUCCUGGUCUAGUGGAUAGUAAUCCUUGUUCUGCUAAUAGUCCUAUACGUAUGCCUUCAUCACCGUCACUCAGUAGUUAUCAAAAUGGAGCGCUACCCUCGUUUGAUGCUACUUUCUCUCCGACAAAGAAACACAUGCCAGUAAAUCUUCUAGACCCAGAACACACGCAAGACAAAAGAAUGACGGAUCAAGGUGCCAAAGUACCAGAAGAAGUUCCAAAUAGGUUCCGUUCAUUUCAAGUCAGUUCUCAACCUUCACAUGAUAAUCCAUCAGACAGACCAUUCGUAAACGACAAACACAAGCCGUGCCCGACCAAAGAAAACAAUGAAUGCGCGACAAAAAAAUCUAAAAAGGACGCAAAAGCGAAAAAGAAGGGAGCACUAAGUCUUCUAACGCAGUAUGAUAGCGACAGUGGAGGUUCUGCAGCUAGUGUGGAUAGUGAUUCCACCUCUACCCUUAGUGUUAGUCCGAUAAGCUGUAACUCUUCUGGCCCUGUCAGCGAUAGGUUACAGAGUCCAACCAGCUCUUUAGAUGUUGCCCCUAGCCCACCUGUUCAUUUUCAGAACAGUCCGUUCAUAAAUGGAGAAAACAAUAACGUUACAAAGGCCAAGAAAAGACAAAAAGAUACUAAAAGCCCAGUGGAAAAGAAAAAGCCCAAAAACCGCAAAUCUAAAAAUACACAACAAGGAUUUGUUGACCUUGGGGAAACGGCCGCUGGUAUGCAGCAGCAUUUCAAAAAACAGUCCGCGGUUAUGGUAACCACGGCAACGCCUGUUAAUACGUCACUUGCUCCGUCAUCACUUUAUCAGUCGUCAGAAGUGCCAGCCUUUUCUUAUCCACAAAGUCAUUUAGGCUUCCCAUCAGGAAAUAUUAGUUACCCUCCACCGAACUAUUCCCAGUACUUUCCAGGUAAUCCAGGCCCCACAGGCGGGUAUUACCAGUGGGCUGGUAGCUAUCCCGCUAUGCCUUUACAAAACAAUUUUCCUUGCUUGAACUUUCCAAACAAUGGAAGUAACGGUCAGAGGAAUGUAUAUAGAUAGUCAGGAUGUGUUGAUAAGGAUAGUAUCAGAGCCACUCCCCUGUUGAGGGAAAAACUGGGUCGAGUUGGUACUGCAGUGCAUUUUGGGGCUGUUUUAGGAGACGAACUAGACGCCAUCUUGGAAAUAUGUCCCCUAAAACAGCCCCAAAAUGCAUUGCGUUGCCAACUCCACCAAGUUUUUUCGCAACCUCGGAAUAGCUAAUAGUGACCGCAGGCCAAUAGGAACAGACAAUGUAAAGCACUGUAGAGAGUUCGAGCAGAUUUCGUAUGAAUAUGGUAUGGACGUGCUGUGCCUUGACUGAUGUAGUCACGUGCAUGCUUGGUGGAUGCAUGACCAGCAACCUGUGUGUUUUUAUCUUCUCAUUUCCGUACCCCGAUUAUUUCAUGCCCCUGACGGUACUGUCCCAACAAUCCACUUGCUGUGUUUGGCUCAACGAAUGCUCUUUCCGUACCGUGAUUACAUGCCGUUCAUGCCAGUGGUUUUUCAGUCAUACGAAAUCUGCGGAAUGCGAAAUGACAGCCAUAGUAUACUGAAGAAUGUCUAAUAGUGAGCAUUAUGGUUUAUGGUUAGAUAGUGACAUGAAGAGGUAGAAUGGUAGCAUGCAGAGAAAAAAGCACAUUCACCAACUACGCCUAUCGAUUGUGUUGCCUCCUUUUAGAUAGACAUCGAUAUUUACAUGCACCAAAUGCAUUUACAAAAUAGCUCUUAAAUCUCGCGUUCUGAUUGGUUGAGAGAGCGUGCUUUAUGAGAGCAAAAAGCAAGCGCGCCUACUUUCAGUUGGGUCAUUCUUAUCAAAAAUAACGGUUGUAAUUGUAUUUUAUAAAAGAAAUAAAAAACUUGCUGUACUGUGUGGAGUUAUGAAGUAAUUGGGCAUUGGCAAAACACUCGAGAAUUGUUGAGAAGCACUUCGCUACGCGUCGUGCUUCUCCUAACACUUCUCGUGUUCUGCCAACCCCCGCGUCCUUUAUAACUGCACACAGCACGUGCGCGCGUUUUCUAUUUUUUCAUUAAAAUAAAUAGAACUUGUCUCACCAAAUACUUGAUUGCACUAAAUGAUUUUACGGUGCAUAUAGUUUUAAUGCCACUUUUUAUAGCACUAUUAAACCUUCAAGUUCCUUUUA